ACAAGUAAAGUUGGUAGGCGUUUCGUAUGAGUUAUAAAGCUGGUGUUUGUGUGUGACAAACCUACGGAACUCUGCAACUGCAAGAGCAAACCACCUCCAACCCCCGUUCGUCUUCGUCUUCCCCAGAAAUCUCCCUGCAGGUAGUAGUAGGUAGGUAGGUUGGCAGAGGCAAGAAGAUGGGGGGCGCCUUUACAGCGGCGCCCGCACUCGCUCUGGUCUUGCUCGUCGCCCUCUCGGUGGCGGCCACCGCGAAUGUGGGGGAUUCAUGCUCGACGGCGGUGGACUGCGGCGGCGGGCAGUGGUGCUUCGACUGCCAGCCAGAGUUCGCCGGCUCCAGCUGCGUCCGCUCCGCCGCCACCAAUCCCUUCCAACUCACUAACAACUCGUUGCCAUUCAACAAGUAUGCGUAUCUCACGACACACAAUUCAUUUGCGAUCGUUGGGGAGCCAUCGCACACUGGAGUUCCACGCAUCACCUUUGACAACCAGGAGGAUACAGUCACUGAUCAAUUAAAUAACGGUGUCCGCGCGCUGAUGCUUGAUACAUAUGACUUCAAAGGAGAUGUAUGGUUGUGCCAUUCAAAUGGAGGGAAAUGCAAUGAUUUCACUGCAUUCGAACCUGCAUUGGACACAUUCAAGGAAAUCGAAGCCUUCCUUGGAGCCAAUCCAUCUGAAAUCGUCACGUUGAUCCUGGAAGACUACGUGCAUGCACCGAAUGGCCUGACAAACGUGUUCAAGGCCUCUGGUCUGAUGAAGUACUGGUUUCCCGUGUCGAAAAUGCCACAGAAAGGUAAGGAUUGGCCUCUUGUCAGUGACAUGGUUGCGAGCAACCAGCGCCUCCUUGUGUUCACCUCCAUCAGGUCAAAGCAGGCUACUGAAGGAAUCGCAUACCAGUGGAACUACAUGGUCGAGAACAACUGUGAGACAUCACAUCCUCUACUCUCUAUAUUUUUUUUUUGCCGUUCAACAUUCCUGUUGCAUGCAAGGGAUUCACAAAUUCUGUUGAUCACAGACGGAGAUGAUGGUAUGGAUGCUGGCAAAUGCUCAAAUCGUGCAGAAUCUGCACCUCUGAAUGACAAAACCAAGUCGUUAGUCCUGGUGAACUACUUCCCAUCGGUCCCGGUGAAGGUAACCGCAUGCCUGCAGCACUCCAAGAGCCUUACUGACAUGGUGAACACAUGCUACGGUGCAGCUGGGAAUCGAUGGGCUAAUUUACUCGCAGUUGAUUACUAUAAGAGAAGUGAUGGAGGGGGCGCAUUCCAAGCGACUGAUUUGCUCAAUGGCAGACUCCUGUGUGGAUGCCAGGAUGUCAGGGCUUGCUCGGUGAGACGAGAGACAGGACACACUUGCUUCUUACCUCCUUGUGCAUCUGUGGAUCUGGAUAUGAUGUUAUGUGAAUCAUAAGUCAUGACAAGAGUUUAUAUCUGUUUACCUCUAUCCCCUCAUUUGCAGCGAGGAUCUGGUGUAAUAUGUUCUUCAUGAACCCUGGGGAAGUAGGAUUUGAUUGGAGUGGCACAUCCACAUAGAAAAAGUGUUUAUGAUGUGAUGAUUCAGAGAUUUAGCCUCAAGACAACAUUGUAGGAUGCAGAUUACCAUAAACUUGAAAGUGAUGGAUUGACCUCCUCUUGUGAAUAGUGAAUUCGUUCGUAUAAUAAAUAUUUAUUUCAAGAGAAUAUAUUGAAAAAAGAAUAUACUUGUGCAUAUUUUUUUAGUCAUACACUAUUUUUACAGACAAAUUAUACUUGUAGGUUGCAAAUACUUUAUAGUGGGAGUGGUGGUGUUAUCUGAAAGAAGAAUAAUUCGAUUUUUGGGCCACAUCGCCACGACAAUAAUAUGUCAUGUAAAAACACUUUUAAGUUCCAACCAAGGUUGAAAAAUGAACUGGUGGUUCAAGGUUUAAUAUUAACAGGUUUCGAUGUUUAGCACAUUCUAUAUUGUAAUGAAAUUGUUGUAACUUUUUAAAAGAUAGCUCUUAGUUGUAAUGGACUUUUUCAUUUUUAAACAA